AUGAAACGAAUUUCUGCCCUUGCUACUGCCAUGAGCUUCAUGGCUCUUCUCCCAUGGCCGGGCUUAGCAAUCAAAGUCACCAACGCUCCUACCUUGGUGACUUCCGACUUCUUGGCUACGACUACGGUCACCUACCUUUCUCCUGUCAAUACCCAAUCGCCCUACACAGGUCCUUGCGUCACGGUCACGGCAGCACUGCCUCCCGGAUCAGAGCCUUCUACUAUUGUCAUUCCCCCUCAAAAUGGACAAACUACAGGAAUCAAGUACAUCUGCUCGCCCCUUGAGUCGAAUAUGCCGUGGUUGCCGGGCUCAGGUAAUCCAACCGCCGGCGGCAAAUCUCCAUUCACAGGAAGCCUGACGACGGUCACCGCUCCCUAUGCGGGCUCGACUAUGACGACGUUGACGAUUCCCCCUACUGGAAGUGAUCAGACAGGCACUGAGCUCAUCCUCAAGCCCACACCCAACAACGGAGAUGCCCCUUUCAACGGUCCCUGCACAACAAUAACAGUUCCUGGAUCCGGCACAGCAUUGACAACUUUGACGGUGCCUCCAUCGGGAUCUGACCGCACUGGCACUCAGAUUGUUUGUCUCCCCUCCGCUACUAGAGGUCUGAUAACCAGCACGUCGACAGGGACUCAACCCGGCCAGACUGGGUUGAUUACCCUUACCCCUGGAAAGCCCGGCGAUCCGACUACCAUCGUCACGAUUGUUCCACCUGGUGGGCGGGUAACUUCUACGUCAACAGGGACUCAACCUGGCCAGACCGGGUUGAUUACCCUUACCCCUGGCAAGCCCGGAGAUCCAACUACAAUUGUCACAAUUGUGCCUCCUCCGUCAGGAGGAUUAGUUACUUCUACAUCUACUGGCACUCAACCUGGACAGACGGGACUACUUACCCUCACCCCUGGAAAACCUGGAGAUCCAACUACAAUUGUCACAAUUGUACCUCCUCCGUCAGGAGGAUUAGUUACUUCUACAUCUACUGGCACUCAACCUGGACAGACGGGACUACUUACCCUCACCCCUGGAAAGCCCGGCGAUCCUACCACGGUUGUCACUAUCGUACCUCCUCCGUCAGGCGGACUAGUAACAUCUACGUCGACUGGAACCCAGCCAGGUCAAACCGGAUUGCUGACUCUAACGCCUGGCAAGCCUGGAGAUCCAACUACAAUCGUUACUAUCGUACCUCCUCCCACGGGAGGAUUAGUAACAUCUACGUCUACAGGCACUCGCCCAGGUCAGACCGGAUUACUGACUCUAACGCCCGGCAAGCCUGGAGAUCCUACAACGGUCGUUACCAUUGUGCCGCCACCUAGCGGCGGGCUAGUUACCAUUACUUCAACAGGAACCCAGCCUGGACAAACUGGUCUUCUCACUCAGACGCCUGGCCGCCCUGGCGACCCAACGACAGUCAUCACGAUUGUUCCCCCUCCUACCGGUGGACUUGUCACGAUUACUUCAACAGGAACCCAACCUGGGCAAACUGGUCUUCUCACCCAGACGCCUGGCCGCCCUGGCGACCCAACGACAGUCAUCACGAUUGUUCCCCCUCCUACCGGUGGACUUGUCACGAUUACUUCAACGGGAACCCAACCUGGGCAAACUGGUCUUCUCACUCAGACGCCUAGCCGCCCCGGCGAUCCGACCACGAUUGUGACCAUUGUUCCCCCUCCUACCGGCGGGUUCGUCACCUCAACCUCAACAGGAACUCAACCCGGCCAGACUGGUCUUUUAACACUAACGCCCGGUCGUCCCGGCGAUCCUACAACAGUCAUUACUAUCGUGCCACCUUCGUCGGGCGGAGUAACGACUGUCACAUCUACUGGCACUCGGACUGGCCUGACGACUCUAACACCCGGUCGACCCGGCGAUCCAACUACGGUUGUUACUUUCAUUCCAAGUCCCACUGGCGGCAUCGUCACGGUCACCUCUACAGGGUCGACUACUGGCCUCGUUACCCAGACACCCGGGCGACCCGGUGAUCCAACUACGGUCGUGACCAUUGUGACGCCUCCUGCCGGUGGGCUAACCACUGUCACAUCCACAGGCUCGACGACUGGGCUGACUACCCUGACUCCUGGAAGGCCUGGAGAUCCUACCACCAUCUUGACCUUCGUUACGCCCCCAGCUGGCGGCCUUGUCACAGUCACUUCCACAGGCUCAACCACUGGUCUAGUUACUCAGACUCCCGGACGACCUGGAGAUUCAACCACGGUCGUGACCUUUGUGACGCCUCCCGCCGGCGGAUUAACCACUGUCACCUCCACAGGCUCGACAACUGGGUUGACCACUCUGACGCCCGGACGGCCUGGAGAUCCGACGACGGUCGUGACUAUUGUUCCCUCUCCUCUCGGCAGUAUCGUCACGGUUACUUCUACAAGAUCAGCCACCGGCCUCACUACUCAGACACCCGGGCGCCCUGGUGAUCCUACCACUGUUGUAACUUUUGUUACGCCUCCUGCUGGGGGACUGACUACAGUUACCUCGACGGGAUCGCAGACUGGUCUCACGACCCUGACGCCUGGAAGACCUGGAGAUCCUACUACGGUAGUGACUAUUGCGACUGGCCCUCCUCCUGUGACAGUCACCUCGACAGCCUCUACCACUGGUUUAACUACUCUCACACCCGGAAGGCCUGGAGACCCUACUACAGUCGUCACUUUUGUUACUGGUCCUCCUUACGUCACGAUCACUUCAACAGGCUCGACGACUGGUCUUACCACCUUGACUCCUGGAAGACCUGGAGAUCCUACUACGGUAGUGACUAUUGCGACUGGCCCUCCUCCUGUGACAGUCACCUCGACAGGCUCAACGACUGGUCUGACCACGCUGACUCCCGGAAGCCCUGGAGACCCUACUACAGUCGUCACUUUCGUUACUGGUCCUCCCUACGUCACGGUUACUUCAACUGGUUCAACGACUGGUCUCACGACCUUGACGCCUGGAAGAUCUGGAGACCCGACUACCGUAGUUACAAUCGUAACCAGCCCGCCCCCCGUUACGAUAACCUCUACUGGCACGACUACAGGUGUCACCACGGUUCCUGGAGGUCCUGGGGGCCCAGCUACAGUUAUUACAUUUGUUCCCAGGGGGUUCCUGGUUACACUCACCUCUACCGGAACCACAACUGGGCUUACGACGAUUAUCCCCACUGAUCCAGUUGGCGGCACUACCAGCGUAAUCACAUUCGUCACCCUGCCAGCCCCGGUAACUGUCACGUCUACGGGCAGUACAACGGGUCUCACCACGAUUCCUCCAGGUCCAAGUGGAGGUCCUCCCACUGUCGUUACAUUUGCGACCUCCACAGCCAGCCCCAUUCCACCGGUCACCGUCACAUCAACGGCAUCGACCACCGGCUUGACUACCCUGCCACCUGGUCCCAGCGGUGGUCCUUCGACUGUCGUCACUUUUGUCACCCCCUCUGCAAGUCCUCUCCCACCUGUGACGGUUACAUCAACAGCCUCAACUACUGGUCUGACAACUCUGCCUCCUGGGCCAAGCGGCGGUCCCUCGACGGUUGUGACCUAUGUGACACCUCCAGCGAGUCCUCUUUCUCCUGUGACCGUUACAUCGACGGGGUCGACUACAGGCUUGACAACUCUACCUCCUGGGCCAAGUGGUGGCCCGUCCACUGUGGUCACAUUCGUCCCGCGUAUUACUGGCUUCUUGAUCACUCUCACAUCCACGGCCAGCCAGACGGGACUCACCACUAUCGUCCCGACGGAUCCAGCCGGCACUACGAGUAUUAUCACAUUUGUCACGCCCUCUGCACCUCUUACGCCCGUCACUGUGACUUCAACUGGCACCGGUACUGGCCUGACCACCCUUCCUCCCGGCCCCAGUGGCGGUCCGUCUACCGUAGUCACAUUUGUCCCAUCUCCCACCGGUGGCUUGACAACGGUCACAUCGACGGGCUCGCAGACAGGCCUUACCACCAUAAUCCCAACAGACCCGGCCGGUACUACGAGCGUCAUCACAUUCGUCACGCCCAGCGCUCCCCUUACGCCAGUCACAGUUACGUCAACGGCAUCUACCACUGGCUUGACCACUCUUCCUCCUGGUCCCAGCGGUGGCCCUUCAACUGUCGUGACUUUUGUCACUUCCUCCACUCCUCUUACGCCGGUUACUGUCACGUCAACAGCGUCAACCACCGGUCUGACAACCAUCCCUCCUGGCCCCAGCGGUGGCCCUUCAACCGUCGUCACUUUUGUCCAGACUCCCACCGGCUUCGUCACAACAGUCGUAUCAACGGGCACCCAGACCGGUGUGACAACUCUGCCUCAAACCAACCCGACCGGCACGACUACCGUCGUCACUUUUGUGCCUCCGGUCACUGGCGGACUUAUCACUCUUACGUCAACUGACACGCAGACAGGCGUCACAACCAUCAUACCCACAGAUCCAGCAGGAACCACAAGCGUCAUCACCUUCGUGCCCCCGAUCACUGGCUUCCUUACAACAGUUAUUUCGACCGCCACGCAAACUGGAUUGACUACAAUUACGCCAACUGGAUUAGGCGGCACAACAAGCGUCAUCACCUUUGUAACUCCUAGUAGCACUACUAGUAGCAGCUCGACUUCGACGACGACUACCCCUGGACCGACCUACAGCUGCGAUGCUGGUGGAUAUCUGAUCCAGAAUACCACCCUCUACCGACUGAAUCUCACGACUGGCGUCGAACGGACAGUUGCUGCUAACAUUGGGCCUGGAGGCCAGAUAAACGCCAUUGGUUAUAACAUUCUAGACAAUUUCAUUUACGGAAUUACACCAGUGAAUGGUGUCAAUCGCAUCAUUCGCAUCGCAUCUAAUGGCCGAACAACGCUUGUCGGACCGCCUCUUUCAUCUAAUAUUUAUUACAACGCUGGAGAUAUUGACAUCUUGGGUCGCUAUUGGGCCAGUUCGAAUGGCGAGCAAUGGGUGCAAAUUGAUAUGAACCCAGCUUCGUCGACGUUCGGUCAAGAAAUUGCUUCCGGAACAAGCACAUUACCAACAACCGAUGAAGCCAUCGCCGACUGGGUCUUUGUGCCUGGUGGUGGGGAUUACUUAUACAGCCUCACCACAGCUACACCCGAUACCAAUGGGCGGUCCGCUUUGAUUAGAUGGAGCCUGACGGAUCAUACUUGGACUACUGUGCGAACUUACGCGGCAAUCAAUGGCAACGAACUAUUCGGAGCUCUAUACGCCUCGAGCAAUAGCAAGUUCUAUGCCUCCGAUAAUAGAAGCGGGAAUAUCUACGAAAUCAACAUCAACUCAGGCCAGCCCAGACUCAUUACGGCUGGUCCCGUUUCCAGUCUCAAUGACGGGGCGCGAUGUGUUUAUGCAGCUGACCCAGACGUUUUGUCCACGACUACUUCAACAUCUUCUACAACAUCUUCCUCGACAACGAUCACUGGGUUCCUCACGACUGUUGUUUCGACCGGCACGCAGACUGGACUGAUUACAAUCACGCCAACUGGAUUAGGCGGCACAACUAGUAUCAUUACUUUUGUUCCACCCUCCACAACUAGCACUACCAGCACAUCAGCAACCACUGCGCCAGCUGCCUGCACUCCCUUGUGUAGUUCUGGCGCUGGAACAGGUCUCACAGUCAGAACGUACCCUAAUCCUUUCAUCAGUGGGUACGGUGCUCCCGACAACCGGACAGUACCCAAUCUUACAGGCAUCACUCCACUCGGGCAAUCAACAACGACCAAUCUCUCCAUGUCAUACUUCAACACCGGAAACUUUGGAUACGCUGCUGGAUCCACCCGACAGGUUGCCGGUCUUAGGGUUGACGCCAACAAUUUCACGGCGACAUGGACUGGAUACUUCGAGCCACCUCUCUCUGGUUCAUGGCGCAUCUGUACGCUUGGAGAUGAUGCGGUGAGCCUUUUCCUUGGCAAUGGUGAGGCGUUUUCCUGCGGGAAUGCUGGAGACAGUGGUAGCCUUGCCCUUGCUGCAAACUAUGGAGGCGGCUAUACAUGCUCGGCCCGUAUUCUGACAGCAGGAUUGCUAUAUCCUUAUCGGGCAGUGUACGGGCAGAUCAGGCAGGAGUCUAUUAUGACGAUCUUGUUCCAACCCCCGGGAGGUCAGAACACGACGAGUUUCCCCUUUUACCUGUACCCAGAGGAUACGAAUUGUGUAGCCAACAACAACCCUUCAACCACUUCCGCUUCCGCAACGCCGGUCACAGGCUUCAUCACUACAGUCGUCUCAACCGGAACACAGGCGGGCGUGACAACCCUGCCCCAGACCAACCCUGCCGGAACAACGACCGUCCUGUCCAUUGUGACACCGUCUAUCUCGUCUACUAGUACCACGUCGACUUCGACCACAUCGUGUACUGUCACCAGUUCUUCGUACACUCUCCAAGCGACUGGUGCCACUGGCACUAGCACAUCUAUUGCAGUUCCCUCGUGCGCUACGAAUUUACGUUUUGCCGUCGUUGGUGGUGCUGGAGGCGGAGUUACCGAUGCGUACCCCGCGGGGUACGGAGCGUCUAUAUCUGGGUCUCUCCCAGUUGUUGCUGGUCAAAUCAUAUCAGGGAUCGCAGGUGGCGCUGGCGGCGAUGGUGUCGCUGGUACCAGCGCCUACGGCAACGGCGGAACCGCUAGCGCUUUGGCUGGUGGAGGGGGCGGAGCGUCGGCCAUCCGUCUUGCUGGCGAUCUGAUCGCAGUUGCUGGUGGAGGAGGCGGUGCUGGUUCCGUAAUUGUAGCCGGAUCUUUGUCGUACAGUUCACGGAACGGUCCUGGUAAUGCUGGAGCUCAGGGAAAUACUUGGAUUGUAACUGCAAGUGACGGUACUGCAGCUACCUCGGGUGGCGGCAAUCCUGGCACAAUCGGCAGUCCAGGCCCCGCCGGAAGCGCUUCAGGAUCCGUCACUAGUAUCGUCAGCGGUAAUCCAGGCAAUGGUUCAAACGGCGGAAACGGUGUACUCAACACAUUGAACAACCCAGUUGCCAAUACCGCCAAUGGAGCUUCCGGAGGUGGCGGUGGUGGCUAUACCGGGGGCGGUAGCGCACCUUCAGUUGCCUGGAAUCCCACAGGAAGUUCUAGCACUUCGGGUGGUGGCGCAGGGGGUGGAUCAAGUUAUGUGGCUAGUAGCGUCGUCGGAUCUUUACAAAACAUCGCAACAACCACUGGAGGCAGCGUGGUCCUUAUAUUUUCGUAA